AGCCCUGAGCUAAGACGAUAUCGAGAUCAAGUUCAGGCCCUAGAGAGCAGGUUAUGCCAGCUUAUGGAUAAGUUGAUACGGAAUGCAGACAAUGAAGCUUCCUUGUCGGAAGUAAGCAUUGUAAAUGGAAGAUGCUGCAUUAAAAUAACUGGGGAUAAGUCUUCAAGUUUUGAUGGAUUACUACUCUCCAGUGGUUCAGAUGCUGGAAGUAUGAUAGAACCAAUUGUUGCUGUUCCACUAAAUGAUGAGCUACAGGGCGCAAGAGCACUAGUGGUUAGAGCCGAGCUUGAAGCUUUAUCGAAACUGACUGACAAGAUUCUUCUUGAGCUUGAUAAUAUUCAGAUUUUGAUGCAGGAAACAGUUACACUCGAUAAGGUCACAGCUCGUGCAAGAUACAGUAUAGCAUACGAUGGUACACUUCCUGACCUGUAUUUGCCAAACAUUGAGCAUGGAAUUGUCAAUGCGGCUAAAGAUGAGCCUGCCAGUACAACUUCCUCAGCCCAACUUACUAAGAGGCCAUGGAAACUGUUCAUUCCAAAUGCAUACCAUCCACUAUUGCUCCAGCAGCACCAGGAAAAUUUGCGUCGUACAAAAAAGGAUGUUGCAAGUGCCACAGCGGAGAUUCGUAGGAGGAGGAUAUACGGACAAGAUAUCACAGAGGAAGAUCAACUGGCUUCAGAACUUGAUUUCAUGAAAAUUAGGGUUUCUGAGCUGGAGAGGAACCAUCCGAUCCCAGUAGAUUUUAUGAUCGCGGAAGAGACUACUGUUUUGGUCAUAACUGGCCCAAAUACUGGGGGAAAAACAAUCAGCUUGAAGACGGUUGGGCUGGCAUCGUUAAUGGCCAAGAUAGGUCUAUACAUUCUAGCUUCUGAACCAGUUAAAAUUCCAUGGUUCGAUGCUGUUUAUGCUGACAUUGGAGAUGAGCAAUCUUUGACCCAAUCACUCUCAACAUUCUCUGGGCAUCUGAAGCAGAUUGGGGCCAUUCGCGCUCAGUCAACUUCACAAUCCUUGGUCCUUUUGGAUGAGGUUGGUGCCGGGACAAAUCCACUCGAAGGAGCUGCUUUGGGGAUGUCUCUCUUGGAGUCUUUUGCUGAAGCUGGUUCCUUUCUGACUCUAGCUACAACUCAUCAUGGAGAACUGAAAACACUGAAAUACAGCAAUGAUUCAUUUGAGAAUGCAUGCGUGGAAUUUGAUGAAGAGAAUCUAAAGCCUACGUUCAGGAUACUUUGGGGAAUACCAGGGCGUUCAAAUGCAAUCAAUAUUGCUGAAAGGCUAGGUUUGCCCUUGGAUAUUAUAGAAAGUUCUCGGCAGUUACUUGGAACAGCUGGUGCAGAGAUAAAUGCGUUGAUUAUGGACAUGGAAAAAUUCAAGCAAGAAUACCACGAACAACUUCAGCAGGCACAACAUUAUCUUAUGCAGUCCAAGGAGCUUCAUAAUGACUUGGAAGUAGCACAGAAGAGCAUUGUAGAUCACAGUACCGCUCAGAGAAAAAGAAAGUCAAGAGUAGUUUCGGAGUAUGCUGUUAUGGCUCGUUCGAUCAUUCAUAAGAAGUUCCAGCAGUACAGAGAAUCUGCAGUAGCUCAAAGAGUGCUAGAAGAAGAGAAGGCUGCGGAGAAAGCCAAAUCUGAGGGGGCGAAAAGCCCCGAGCCAUCUAGCACUUCUGCCCUUAAAAAGACGCAGAAUACAAAUAGCAUCACGGUCGCAGAAGCUAAUGGCAAGAUAAUAGAUGAAGAUGGUGGGAUCCCAGAAGUUGGGGAUUUAGUUUACGUUCCUAAACUCAAGAACCAAGCUACCGUAGUCAAAAUAGAUUCGUCCAAAAAUGAAGUGCAAGUCCAAGCUGGCAUGAUGAAGCUCAAGCUAAAGUUGAAAGAUGUCAAGGUCCAGAAGCAGAAGACAUCAAGAUAAAAUGGUUGCUCUACCCUGCAAUAGUAUAUAGAGAUAAGUAUGUAAAUGUUGUUCAGUUCAAUAUAUAGAAUUUCCCAUUUUGACUGUACUAUAGCCAUGUGAGUUUAGACCCCUAGUUUGCAUGUUAAAUUAGCUGCUUUCUCUUUGACAUGAUGUAAAUGU